CCAGUGACGAAAGAAGAUAACCAAACUUGGAAGAGAAAGAAAAAGCCACCGUGGUAGAAUCUCCGCGUCACCACUCACCACUGAACUUUGAGUCUGAACUAGCAAGUGAGCGCAUAAACAAACCCUAGAAAGCUUCAAUUGGGGGAAAUUUGGGGAAAUAGAGCGAAUAUUGGAAUUGAGAGUCGCAAUCAAUGGGUGCGAGUCGGAAGCUUCAGGGAGAGAUCGAUCGCGUCCUCAAGAAAGUCCAGGAAGGUGUUGAAGUCUUUGAUAGUAUCUGGAACAAGGUUUACGACACAGAUAAUGCCAACCAGAAGGAGAAGUUUGAAGCAGACCUCAAGAAGGAGAUUAAGAAGCUUCAGAGGUACAGGGAUCAAAUUAAGACUUGGAUUCAGUCCAGCGAAAUCAAGGACAAGAAGGUUAGUGCCUCUUAUGAGCAAGCUCUAGUGGAUGCGCGCAAGUUAAUUGAACGUGAAAUGGAAAGGUUUAAGAUAUGUGAAAAGGAGACAAAGACCAAAGCAUUCUCUAAGGAAGGCUUAGGUCAACAGCCUAAGACUGAUCCAAAAGAGAAGGCUAAAUCAGAGACAAGGGAUUGGUUGAACAAUGUGGUUGGGGAGUUAGAAUCUCAGAUUGAUAACUUUGAAGCUGAGCUUGAAGGGCUUUCUGUCAAGAAAGGAAAGAACAGGCCACCUAGAUUGACACAUCUAGAGACAUCAAUUACUCGGCACAAGGCUCAUAUAAAGAAAUGUGAAUUUAUCUUGAGGCUAUUAGACAAUGAUGAGUUAAGUCCGGAGCAGGUUAAUGAUGUCAAGGAUUUCUUGGAUGAUUAUGUAGAGCGUAAUCAGGAGGACUUUGAUGAAUUCAGCGAUGUUGAUGAACUAUACAGCUCAUUGCCUUUAGAUAAGGUGGAGACUCUUGAAGAUCUUGUUACAAUCCCCCCUGGCCUAUCUAAGGCUACUCCUAGUCUCAGCUUGAAGAAUACUUUGGCUGUCUCAGCAUCACAAUCAGCAUCUGCAUCUGCCUCACAAACAUCUGAGCAAGCUGAUGACACAGCAUCCCAGGAUAGCAAUUCUGACAUUGGUGCAAGAACUCCACCUGCGAAAGUUAGUGGAAUUAUUUCUGCUACUUCCACACCAGCUGGCAACCAUGCUACUCCUCUUUCUGUGAAUGUUUCUACGCAUAAUUUGUCCAGUGCACCAGCUGCUGGAUUGGUCCUUUCUGGUUCGAAUUCAGUUCGGAGUCCCAUGGAGAAUGCUAAUGCUGCGAAUUCACCUUCUGCGAAUCAAUCUUCCUCUUUGAAGGAAGAAGAGAUUAAUAGUUUCCCUGGCCGGAGACCAUCCCCAUCGCUUUCUGAUGCAGCACUAAGGAGCAUUGGCCGAAACAACCUUUCAAAUCAAGCAGCAGCUAGCAUCCCUCUUGGUGCUGGGAACAUGGUUUCUAACAAUGGAACCCUUGGUUCAGUCCCUUCAGCCUCUGAAAUAACUAAGAGGAACAUGUUGGCAGCUGAUGAUAGACUUGGUGGAAGUAGUGGGAUGGUGCAGCCUCUUGUAUCCCCAUUAAGUAAUAGCAGAUUGAUUUUGCCUCAGGUUGGGAAGGCUAAUGAAGCUGCCUCAGCUGACUCUAAUGCCAUUAAUGAGGCUGCAGCUGUAUCUAGUAGAGUUUUCUCCCCAUCUGUGGUUCCUGGCAUGCAAUGGAGACCUGGAAGUCCAUUCCAGAACCAAAGUGAUGCGAUUCGUCAAAGAACUGAAAUAGCUCCAGAUCAAAGGGAAAAGUUUUUGCAGAAGUAUCAGCAAGUGCAGCAGCAGGGGCACAGCACCCUGCUUACUAUGCCUUCUCUUGGAGGAAAUCCUAAGCAGUUUUCUGCCCAGCAGCAAAAUCCACUUUUGCAACAGUUUAACUCCCAAGGUUCCUCUGUUUCUUCUCAAUCUGCUAUUGGCCUUGGAGUCCAGUCACCAGGUCUUAGUGGUAUUUCAACUACUACACUACAGCAGCCACCGAAUUCGGUCCAUUCCCCAUCUGGUCAACAGUCAUUGAUGUCAGGUGUUUCCAAAGAUGCAGAUGUUGGCAAUUCUAAAAUUGAAGAUCCACAACAUCAGAAUUUUCCUGAUGAUUCAGCUGUUGAAUCUACUGGUAGUACUGGGGUUGGCAAGAGUCUCAUAAGUGAUGAUGAUUUGAAAUCAACAUUUGCUGCAGAUUCUCCAGCAGGGGUAUCCAUCUCCCUUGCAGAAGCUGGUCAAACAUCCAGAGAUAUUGAUUUGUCUCCUGGCCAACCUUUACAACCCAAUCAACCUACUGGUAACCUUGGUGUCAUUGGGAGAAGAAAUGGCACGGAUCUUGGAGCCAUUGGUGAUAGUUUCACUGCAUCAAGUUCAAGUAUUAAUCCAAGUGGAGUGCGUGAUCAAUUAUACAAUUUACAAAUGCUUGAGGCAGCACACUACAAACUUCCUCUACCCAGAGACUCAGAACGUCCUAGAGCUUAUACUCCUAGGCACCCAACGAUAACACCUUCUAGUUAUCCUCAGACACAGGCUCCUAUUGUUAAUAAUCCUGCUUUUUGGGAGAGAGUAGGUCUUGAACCAUUUGGCACUGAUACAUUGUUCUAUGCAUUUUAUUAUCAACAGAACACUUACCAGCAGUAUUUGGCUGCAAAGGAACUAAAGAAACAGUCCUGGAGAUACCACAAAAAGUAUAACACAUGGUUUCAGCGUCAUGAAGAGCCCAAAGUUGCUACAGAUGAAUAUGAGCAAGGAACAUAUGUGUACUUUGAUUUCCAUAUUGCAAAUGAUGACCUUCAACAUGGGUGGUGUCAAAGAAUCAAAACUGAGUUCACUUUUGAAUAUAAUUAUCUUGAAGACGAGCUUCUUGUAUAGAGGAUUCAGACCCAAGUGGUUUAUUGCCAAAUGGGUCUGGAGUCAUGGAAUCAUUGGUAAUGCAAUUCACAGGCUACCUUGUAUAGGCAAGGCAAUGACAAUAUCUUGCUCUUUGCGGCUAGUUGAACUAGCUUGAACUAGCUUGUCUAUUUUCAUUUAGGAGAGUUCUUUAGAGCAUGGAAACUAUGUACAUUUACCCUUUUAAACCUAUUCCUAUGUGAAGCUCUGGGGUCCCCAUUCAGUGCCUAGGAAUGAUGUGCAUGUGUAGUUUUUUCUUAUGAUCAUAGUUGCUCAUUGAUUUGA